CGACUGAGGUGGCUUGGGACACAAUCGCUGAACCCAGGAAAGACCCAGCGACUUCGGGUAGGACCCAGCGACCUCAGGAAGGACCCAGCGACCUCAGGAAGGACCCAGCGAUCUUUGGAAGGACCCAGCGACCUCAGGAAGGACCCAGGGACCUUUGGAAGGACCCAGCGACCUCAGAAAGGACCCAGGGACCUCAGGAAAGACCCAGCGACCUCAGGAAGAACCCAGUGACCUCAGGAAGGGCCCAGCGGCCUCAGAAAGGGCCCAGCGACCUCAGGAAGGGCCCAGCAACCUCAGGAAGGACCCAGGGACCUCAGGAAGAACCCAGCGACCUCAGGAAGGACCCAGCGACCUCAGAAAGGGCCCAGCGACCUCAGGAAGGGCCCAGCGACCUCAGGAAGGACCCAGCGACCUCGGAAAGGACCCAGGGAACUCAGGAAGGACCCAGCGACCUCAGGAAGGACCCAGCGACAUCAGGAAGGACCCAGCGACCUCAGGAAGGACCCAGCGACCUCAGGAAGGACCCAGCGACCUCAGGAAGGACCCAGCGACCUCAAGAAGGACCCAGCGACCUCAGGAAGGACCCAGCGACCUCAGCAAGGACCCAGCGACCUCAGGAAGGACCCAGCGACCUCAGGAAGGACCCGGCCACCUCAGGAAGGACCCAGCGACCCUAG